AUGGGCGCCAGGAAAAGAAUGGGCCCUGCUACCAGAGCGCAAGAUCGCCUGCACUCUAUGCGAUUGAGAAGUGAGAGAAGACUCAACAAGCACAAUGGAAAGGAAGAUGCCAGCAUGGAGGAUGCCCCGGAGGUCUGCGAGACCCCGACCGCGCCUCCUCGAGAGCCCACCACCCCACAACAUCCACCAGAACAGCUGAGACGUGAGAUACCGAUGCAAGCUCAACACUUCCCUUGCAAUCCUCCUGAAAACCAGUAUCCACCCACACAGCCUGAACGGGAUACCCCUCCUACGACUCCGGCCCACGAGUCCCCCCAAAGUCAACUGGGCUUAGAACUCCAAAGCCACAUUGCAGCAGCAGUGGCAUCGAAAACAGCGCAAAUAAAGACCACCGGAGAUGAAGUUCUAGAGCUUGUCUCCAUGGUUAGCCAGAAGGUCAUCGAUUGGGAAAAGCAGAGCCUACAGGGAGCAGCCUCCUUGGGCAGAGACAUUAGGACCCUGGUCCUCAACUUUGGAAAGAACCUAACAACUGGAGAUCCUUCUGAACAGGAGAAUUACCACCCCCGCACCCGGCACACAACAGCUAUGCCAAAACUGUUGGAUCCCCAUAUAACGCCCCCAGGCCACAGCCCAAGCUACCCAAGGCCACAGGCAAGUCACCACAACCAGAGAAACCUCUGCGCAUUUUUCUCCGCCUCUCCAAGGACCACCCAGCCCGUCAAGCUAGCCCGUACGCCACAUUGGACAUACUGA